AUGGCCACUACCUCCUCAAUAGAAGUCUCCGCUCAAACCUCCAGCCCACAAUUAUCAUGGAACAUGCCUAGCAGCAAUAGCAAUAAUGGUCGAUCUAGCACUCUGCAUCUCCAUGAUAACGAUAGCCGCCGUACCAUUCAAUCACCUUCUCCUACCGCAAGGAAUAGCAGGGCAUCUAGUAUAUAUAACGAGCUAUGCGACAAGAUGUCGUUUGCAAGCCAUUCGAAAAAGAUUGCAGCCAAACCCUUUCAUUUAUACACAAAAUACUCUCAAUCAUUACUGCUUGAAAACACCGCAAGCGUCGCACGUGAUCAUUUGGCAAACGAAAGGACAUUCCUAGCGUGGCUCAGGACAUCGAUUUCCUUGAUCACAGUGGGCGUAGCCAUCACACAACUUUAUAACUUGUCAUCAGAAGGUCAAGGCCACACGCAUCAUAAACGACUGGGUCAAAUUCUCGGCGUCAUUUUUGUUGGUUUCAGCUUACUGUUCCUUUAUUUUGGCAAUGCUCGCUAUUUCCAUGCCCAACACGCCAUGUGCAAAGGAUACUUUCCAGCAAGUCGAGGUUCGGUGUUUAUGGCAUCUGCUACGGUCUUGGGCGUACUUUUGGUCAUGUUGGUGAUCAUGGUAAUUGAUCGUGCAAGCUGA